UUCCGCCAGUGACUCCGCGAUGUGAAUGGGUGGAAAAGUGCUGGGAAACGCGAGUGAAGGCCUCCAGUGUGCACACGGACCAGCUGCAGUGAUAAUCUUGCGACCUGUGGCGUGAAAAUGUGACUUUUACCACCAUUGACAGCUCUGCCUCGGCGUUUUAUCAGUGGGGAAAAUCAUUGUGGACUCGUGAGGCUUUUCCUCUGUUCUCGACGAGGACGUGUAAACAUUCCGCGACACGGCGACACCUCCCCGGACAACCUGCGGCCCCGCGGGCUGAUAACAGACCACAGCGAGUGUGGCUUCUGCUGCUGGAAUUUUCCACGCGUCCUUUGUCAUCCGGACAGGAGUUUCUCCCUUUCCACGCGUGGGUGCAACAAGGACGCACACAGAGUCCGGAAGACGAGCAGAUUACUAUACUUGGUGAAUACGAUCGAGUGAGGACAUAAAUCCACACAAUCCUUCGGAAGAGAGACUAUGAGAGGAGUUGCAAUGCAAAAUGUGGACACUGAGUGUCUCAUGUUGUGAUUGUUUCGAAAUUUGGAAGCACAGCAAAUGGCGAAGGAAAAAUUUGACGGUGUCGGAAAGGGAAAAGUGUACGGAAAAUGAGAUUGGCGCUGAGAAAUUGUGUUGAGGCGAAAUUGGAGAGGUGAAUUGGAAAAAUUUCAAACUCAAUUGUGCCAUUGGAAAGUGUGUUUAUUGAUUAUUGAAUCGAUAUAUUGUGUGUGGCAUUGUGCAUCUGUGGUUGAGGGGGUAGAAAAAAGAGGAGAAAAUUCACAGUAUCCCCUCAAUAGAUAUUCAGCGUGUCAUCACAAAUAGUGAGAGAGACUCAAAACAUCCUGCAAUUUUUUUGUUGGUGUGUAGAAAGUGCAUGUGAGGGGAAAAGUAGUCAUUUCAGCGUUUAUUUUUCAAUGGACUUUUGACCCAAUUGAAAACAUUUUGUAUAAGCUGAAUUGAAUAUAAAAAAAUCUACAUCUCUUUUAUGUCUGGGUAAAUAAAAAUGGUUAAAAAUCAACUCAUAAUUCCUGUGAAAUGUUAAGUGGAUUAUUUAAUCACAUAUUUAACAAUGUGUAUUGCAGUUGAAGUGCAUUUUUUGCAUGUCGAAACAUAUAAUAACUGAUGUGUGUUUCAUUUAGUGUCAUUCGCAGAACAUUUCAGUGAGCAGAAUUGUGCAAAAGUGUGAAUAAUUGAGGAGAAAAAGGAGUGAACACUAUGCGAAGUAUUGUCAGUGAUUCUUGAUCGCGGGCGAAUUGAGAUUGAUUGAUUGCGGUGAUGAACAUUGACUGUCUCGCUGGCAAUCCGUGAUAUUCCUUCCUCCCCACCGGCGAGAAGAGCAGCGUUUUGGGCGGCACUCAAGGAAGAUGACUGGCUUGGAGACGACACCACUAUGGAAGCCAUCGGGUUCACCGCAAUCGGAGAAUUGCAUUGAGAACGGCCAUGUGAUCCUGCGGAGUCCGGCACAGGCGUCAAAUGGUGGCUUCGCCACCGGCAAUGGGGGUGGAAAUGUGGUCAUGAAGUGCACAUUGUACCUGUUGAAGAGCGUCAAUUUUCGAAGAUGCGUCGCCGCUCUCGUUCUAGUCACCGUCUUGCUGAUCUUCUACUACACGAGCGUCGUCAAUUCGCCAUUUCCUGGCUUCAUCCAUCGUGACACGAGACCUUCGCCGCUGGUGAACUGCCGGAUGAUGAACGGGAAGAUGGCACUCGAGGGCUCCACAGCGCCUGAUCAUCGCUCAGAGGCGAGACUCCGUAUCGAUCCCAAAGUGCUUGUAUUUGUGGAGACCACGUACUCGAGGUUGGGUCGUGACAUUGCAGAAUUGCUUGUCUACAAUCGAAUCAAGUACAAAAUAGAGGUGGCUGGCAAAAGUCUUCCGGUGCUGACGAAUCUGGACAAGGGUCGCUACGGUGUGAUUGUGUUUGAGAACUUCGACAAAUAUUUGCACAUGGACAAGUGGAAUCGUGAGCUGCUGGACAAGUAUUGCCGCGAGUACUCGGUGGGCAUUGUGGGCUUCAUCAGCGCCAGCGAGGAGACGCUCGUGGGCGCUCAGCUGCGCGGCUUCCCCAUCUACAUCCACACGAAUCUGCGGCUGCGCGACGCCAGUCUCAAUGCACUGUCGCCGAUUCUGCGACUCACGCGGGCCGGCGACACGGCGUGGGGCACGCUGCCGGGCUCCGACUGGGCGAUCUUCCAGCACAACCACAGCACGUACGAGCCGCUGGAGUGGGCGCAGCGCAACGUGCUGGACUAUCCGUCGGACGGCGUGAUGCAGCCGCCGCUGGCCACGGUGGUGCAGGAUCACGGCAAAUUCGACGGUAUCCAGCGCGUGCUGUUCGGCUCGGGGCUGCGCUUCUGGCUGCACCGGCUGCUCUUCCUCGACGCACUGUCGUACCUCAGCCACGGGCAGCUCAGUCUCAGCCUCAAUCGUAUGCUGCUCGUGGACAUUGAUGACAUUUUCGUGGGCGAGCGCGGGACGCGCCUGAAGCCGGACGACGUGCAAGCGCUGAUUGUGACGCAGAAGCGCCUGGCCAGUCUUGUGCCGGGCUUCAGGUUCAACCUGGGCUUCUCGGGCAAGUACUUCCACCACGGGAAUCACGAUGAGAACCUCGGCGACGACAUGCUGCUGCGACACGUGGACGAGUUCAGCUGGUUCUCGCACAUGUGGAAUCAUCAGCAGCCGCACUUGUACGACAACCUCACGAAUCUCGUGGCGGACAUGAUGCUGAACAAGGACUUUGCACACGACAAGGGCAUCCCGGUGGACUCUGGCUACUCCGUGAGUCCGCACCACUCGGGCGUGUAUCCGGCGCACGAGCUGCUCUACAUGGCGUGGAAGAAGGUGUGGGGCAUCAAGGUCACGUCCACGGAGGAGUAUCCGCAUCUGCGGCCGGCGAGGCUGCGGCGCGGCUUCAUUCACAGGAACAUCAUGGUUCUACCGCGGCAAACUUGCGGCCUGUUCACGCACACGAUGUACAUCGAUCGCUAUCCUGGAGGCCGAGAGAAGCUGGACGAGUCCAUUCAGGGCGGCGAACUCUUCCAGACGAUCGUCUACAAUCCCAUCAACAUCUUCAUGACGCACAUGUCCAACUACGGAAGUGAUCGCCUGGCGCUGUACACUUUCGAGUCGGUGAUCAAGUUCCUGCAGUGUUGGACGAAUCUUAAGCUGACAUCGGCGCCGCCGCUGCAGCUAGGCGAGACGUACUUCAAGCUCCAUCCGGACGAGGUGGAUCCGGUGUGGGGCAAUCCGUGCGACGACGUGCGCCACAUCAAGAUCUGGUCGAGGAACAAGAGCUGCGAAAGCUUGCCGCGCUUCCUGGUCAUUGGACCACAGAAGACCGGCACCACGGCGCUCUACACAUUCCUCAGCAUGCAUCCCAGCAUCGCCAGCAAUCUGCCCAAUCCCGACACCUUCGAGGAAAUCCAGUUCUUCAACGGCAACAACUACUAUCGCGGCCUAGACUGGUACAUGAACUUCUUCCCAGUGCAGAGCAACGGCUCGGCCAAGUACAUGUUCGAGAAGUCGGCAACUUACUUCGACGGGGACUUUGUCCCGAAGAGGGCGCACGCCCUCCUGCCCAAGGCCAAGAUCAUCAUGAUCCUCAUCUCGCCGGCGAAGCGCGCCUAUUCCUGGUAUGAGCACAUCAAGGCGCACGGCGACUUGAUAGCCAACAACUACAGCUUCUAUCAGGUAAUUACGGCGAGUGAUUCCGCGCCGCGGGCGCUAAAGGAUCUGCGGAAUCGCUGCUUGAAUCCGGGCAAAUAUGCGCAGCACAUGGAGCGCUGGCUGGCCUACUAUCCUGCCCAGCAGCUGCACAUCAUCGACGGCGAGCAGCUGAAGUCCAAUCCGGUAGAGGUGAUGAUGGAGCUGCAGCGCUUCCUCAAAAUCACGCCCACCUUCGACUACUCCAGCCACCUGCGCUACGACGCCAAGAAGGGCUUCUACUGCCAAGUCAUCGGCGAGACGCGGAACAAGUGUCUGGGCAAGUCCAAGGGCCGCCAGUAUCCGCCCAUGGACGAGCGGAGCCAGAAGAUGCUCCAGAGGUACUAUCUGAGCCACAACACGGCGCUGGUGAAGCUGCUGAAGAAGCUGGGCUCGCGGCCGAUUCCGCAGUGGCUAAAGGACGAUCUGUCGACGACGUCAUAACACGCGGAGACGCCCGCCGAGGGGGCGCAGAGCCUCUGUCCGGGAAGCCAGCCGAGGAGAGCCUAAUUGUAUUUAUUUGCGGGGUAUAUAUUAUAUCCCGCGCUGUAUAGCUUAAUUUUAUCCUUUCCAAUUUACUCGGGCCGACAAAGUAUUUAAUUGCUAUUACUUAAUGCUAUUCACACGACUGGCCAUCAGAUGAUGCAAAUUGCUCUCCUUUGACCCGCGCGCUUUCGCUCGCGCUUCCGCCCUGGGCGGAAAGAAUGGCGGGAAAGUGGCAGGAAAUGGCAGAGAAUUGACUCGAGUGAGGAGCAAGGGGGAGAGAUUAUGGUCGACAGUGGUGUAAAGUUCCGCGGCAGUGUUGAGAAGUUGAUGAAGAAUGUUUUUCUAGAGUAUCUUAACUAGAUCCAAUCAAACUUAAUAGUAAAAUUGUCCAAAUUAAUCGAUCUUAAGAGUUUAUUGAUCCAUUUUGCCACUAAUAAUUGCUAAUUUUAGGGCUAUUACAAGAGUUACUACCAAUUUCUUAUCGAAAACUUAAUCAUUGCUUUGUUCUUGUGAGGUUUUUAGGAAGAUUAUUAAAUAUUUCUCAAAAUUUAUUAGGAUUGAAGAUCGAAAGUAUCUGAAGAAGUGUGAUUUUCAGCUGAUGUUUCACAUUUUCGUUGGAAAUUCUUAUUAUAAAGUUGUUAAUUGGUUGUCAGUUGGUUAUAACUCGGUUAUUAGACGUUCCUAAGCUGAUUUAACGCAAUAAGAAUACUUAAAUCUGAGCGCAGUGAAGAUUUUGCAUGCAAAUUGCGGAAGCGACAAGAAGUAUUGUACGAAUUUGAGCCAUAUUAUCUUCCCCUUGGCGAGAGAGGCGCGCGAAAACCGUCCACCUGUCUAUUUUCCGUCCUGCUGACUCCUCGACUUAAUCCCCUGAUUGCCUUAAUCCCCUCAAAUGCAUUUCACACCAAUAUUCUUCCGGCGGCGCUCACUUUGAGGGACGUCGAAAGUGUGGGGAAAGUAAUUUGAAUGUCUUUCCGCGCGCAGUGUAGAAAAGCUCCUCUAAAGCCAUGCGAUGGAAAAUGCUUGAUGUUAUAAUCGCAAUGCUGAAAGCUUUCACUCUUUCACGGAGGUUUUUCUAGUCAGUGUGGCGAGGAAAAAAUAGUGGGAAAAACUCUCAGCUUUUUGCCAAUUUUACUUUUGCCAUUUGGACAACGAAUAUUUUUAAGAGGACCGGAAAAAAAAUCCCUCGAGAGCUCUCAAAAAAUAGUUUAUUUUCCCCCCAAGUCCGGGAAAAGCCGCUCCAGUGCAGGCAAAUCUGGACUGUUUGUGAGUCAUUGAAAAAUUGAAAAAGUUGCCGUGCAAAGUUUAGCGUUUUUGUUUUAGUGGUAAAAUGUAAUUCUGGGAAAAGCAGACUUUUGCAUCAUCUGCAGUUUUCGUGAAUAGAUCAACAAAAUUUCUUCCAAACAGUAGAAUUUUGUACUUUAUCCUCAUGUUUUUCUAGCUUUAUCUAAUUGUCCUUUAUAGUGUGUGAAUGGCAGAGAUUGUGAAUUUUGGAUGGAUCAGGGAAAGUUUCAUGUCAAUUUCAUGCACAAAAUUGAUUGAAUUUCCAUGGAUGGAAAGCUAUACGUUAAAGUUUCACUGAAUUGGCGCCAAAAAGUCUCUCUCUCACGCGUACAUAUCACAAUUUUGGGAGAGAUUUUUCGUGUGCAAUUCAACAAAAAUUGUCUUUUCAAAAUGUAUAUGGUUGAAAGAAUAACAUAUCGGGGAAUUGUUUGAAAAGAGAAAGUGUUUUUUUUUGUUUGGAAAAGAAUGGUCUAAAAUGUAAGGAUAAAAUCAUAAAGAAAAUCGAAAAAUCUAUGCAAAAAAUAAUCCCAUAACUUGAAAUUGUGCCAUAAAACUUAGAAUGGUGAACAGGAGAUUAAUAUCAAUUGUAGAUUUAUAAAAGAGGAAAAGGAGGUGAGGCGAAAGCGCGAAACCAGUGAGAAUGAAUGGGAAGUUUAGAGGUGUAAGAAAAUGCCUAAUUUGGCGACAAUUGAGCGGUGUAAAUAAUGAAUAAUGUGCUAAAAAAAAUAUCGAUUUGAGAGGAUACUAAGUGAAAAAAAAUCAUGUGGAAACCCUUUAUUGACAAUAAAAAGGUGGAAAAUUA